AUGGGGAGCCCCAUUGCCCUGGGGGUCAAAGGGUCUGUGUUUCCCAGGCCGCAGCCGUGUGGCAGAGCGAGGGCAGCCCUUCCCGGGGGCCCGGCCCCUGCCGCUCACUCUCACCCAUCUGUCCGUAGCUGGCACACCGUCAUCGUGGACGGACACAGCGUGGAGGAACUGUGCAAAGCCUUCGGCCAGGCCAAGCACCAGCCAACGGCCAUCAUUGCCAAGACCUUCAAGGGCCGGGGGCUCCCAGGGAUAGAGGAUAAGGAGGCUUGGCAUGGGAAGCCCCUCCCCAAAAACAUGGCUGAUCAGAUUGUCCAGGAAAUACACAACCAGAUCCAGAGCAAAAAGAAGAUCCUCGUGACUCCUCCACAAGAGGAUGCCCCUUCAGUGAACAUCACCAACAUCCGCAUGCCCAGCCCACCCAGCUACAAAGUUGGGGAGAAGAUAGCCACCCGCAAGGCCUAUGGACAGGCCCUGGCCAAGCUGGGCCGUGCCCACGACCGCAUCAUCGCCCUCGAUGGGGACACCAAGAAUUCCACCUUCUCAGAGAUCUUCAGAAAGGAGCACCCAGACCGCUUCAUUGAGUGCUACAUUGCUGAACAGAACAUGGUCAGUGUCGCGGUGGGCUGUGCCACGCGCAACAGGACGGUGCCCUUCUGCAGCACUUUUGGGGCCUUCUUCACACGGACCUUCGAUCAGAUUCGCAUGGCGGCCAUCUCUGGGAGCAACGUCAACUUCUGUGGUUCGCACUGCGGUGUGUCCAUCGGGGAAGAUGGGCCCUCUCAGAUGGCUCUGGAAGAUCUGGCCAUGUUUCGGUCAAUCCCCACUGCAACGGUCUUUUACCCAAGUGACGGGGUGUCUACAGAGAAGGCGGUGGAAUUAGCAGCCAAUACAAAGGGCAUCUGCUUCAUCCGGACCAGCCGCCCAGAAAACACCAUCAUCUAUAACAACAACGAGGACUUCCAAGUCAAGCAAGCCAAGGUGGUCCUGAAGAGCAAGGAUGACCAGGUGACUGUGAUCGGGGCCGGAGUGACCCUGCACGAGGCCUUGGCUGCUGCCGACCUGCUGAAGAAAGAGAAGAUCAGCAUCCGUGUGUUGGACCCCUUCACCAUCAAGCCCCUGGACAGGAAUCUCAUUCUUGAAAGUGCCCAUGCUACCAAAGGCAAGAUCCUCACCGUGGAGGACCAUUACUACGAAGGCGGCAUAGGGGAGGCGGUGUGCUCUGCCUUAGCGGGCGAGCCUGGCAUCACCGUCUCCCGCCUCGCUGUGGGCGAGGUCCCGAGGAGCGGGAAGCCGGCCGAGCUGCUGAAGAUGUUUGGCAUCGACAGGGACGCCAUCGCACAGGCUGUGAGGGACCUUGUCGCCAAGGCCUAGGGAGGGUAGGGGGAUCGAGAGGGGGGAAUCUCCACAUUCCUGAAAUUCUGGCAAAGGUGCUCAAAGAUGUACGGAGAGGAGUGAUAAAGUGUAUGUUUUGAGAAAAAUGAA